AUGAUCGGUGUGGAAGAAGCCGUCGAAAAGCGGGUAAAGUCGCUCGUCGCUGCGGAUGAGCCAGUCACGCCAGGCAUACUCUACGUCGGGGUCGCGACCGUGACUGGCUCCAUCUUCGCGCGGAACUGCGGCCUCUUCACCCGCGCGCUGCUCCCGCCCACUCUGCUCGUCCUCUCCCUCAACCACUUCCUGCGUUAUGAAGCCUGA